AUGCUUUUCCGUCGAAAUAAGCCAUUACAGGUCGCUCUAGUGCCUCCACCUACCAAUAGUCCUGCACACCCGCUUCCGUGUAUACCAGAUACGCACAGUCAGCCAGCAAGGAUACUUGAGGAAAUCUUGGGGCUAGCACCUAUUGCUCCUAAACCUCCCACUCAUAGGUCUAUCGGUCUGACAUCGAGCCAUCCUUCCUCCAGCCCAACUCGAGCUGGGCAUACGCCGGGAAAGACUGUUAAAAGGGAAGCAAGCAGCAAGAAGACAGGCCGUGCCACUAUUCGUACAGAUGCGACAGAAACACACGCAGAAUUCGAAAGUGAUGCCUUUGCUGUGCAUAUGCCGACUACCCGUCUACUGGUCAUCGAUCAGCCCACAUCACCAGCCAAGCGAUCAUACACUGCACAAAUCGAAGCUUACCGCACGUAUAAGGAGAAGGCGAGACAGAUCCGAGAGCGUAACAAUAUCCAAGGCGUAGUACUACCCCACAAGAUCGCGUCUUACGACUACAGUGGCAAGGAGAGAAUAGGAAAGGUUACAACAUCCAUGGAAGCGAACGAACCACUUGCUAGCUCUCCCAGGCCUGCAGGUUCGUUUCCUAUAAGCCCGUCACUACCGCAGAAUAGCUGGGACUGGCCCUCCAAAAGGCAUGGAAUCUAUGUCGAAAUUGCUCGCAUGGCAGAUGGGUCCAAUAUGCCACAAAUACCGCGCAAGCCUAUCGUUGCUCAUAGCAACAUCUCACCUAACACAACGCGCUACCGAAGCCGCGCAGACUCGGAAGCAGGAGCGAGUAGCUCCACGGCAUCACCAACACGGCGACCGAUUCCUGUGAAAGUGCGCGUUAUGCCCAAACUAGCCGUGCCGCAAGAGGAGCGCAUACAGACAGAGAGUGUACCAAGCUUGUACAAUCGGCCAUCCGCUACCAUACCUUCACGCCAAACAUCGCGAUUCUCAAGCCCAGUGAAAUCAAUGCCGAACUUUACACGCCGAAACUCCGUGGACGGCGACUCCAUCUUUGGGUAUACGCGUAAAAAGGAUCUCACCAGCACAAUCGGCGGCCCUCGUGCUCCAACUAUAGCACAACUGGAAAUCAAAGAGAAAUCAGUGAAGCAUAUCACAAAGCCAACUCUCACAUCUCGCUUUCCAUGGCUCCGCACUACAGGACCACGCAUUGCCAAACCGAGCACAUCACUCGUGGUCUUUCACUCGGCGACAGUCCCGAAACCAGCGAGGACGGAAUCAACAUACAUCGACCCUUUUGUAAAACUGGACGUUGUAACACCACCGGCACACACCACGUCGCUAUUGAAAUCACCAGCAGAGCCUGCUCGCCUCAUCUCAACGCCCCGGAAACUCCGGGUACAACCUACAAAAGCUCAGGAUACACAUCUAUCAACGGGUUUUAUGCAGCUCAGACAGUUCGGUAUAAUAGUACUGAGAAUCGCGCUCUAUCUUUAUGCUGUCAUAGCCGCGUGGUUUAUCCUUGAUGCCGUGAGAGAGGCUGUUCUUACUGUUGGUGUGCCGUCUCGAGUUUUGCUCUGCGUUGGCGGUUGGAUUUGCACUGUGAUGGCUUGUAUAGAUAAUACUGUGGUGAAUUUAUGGGAGAGAUGGGGGUUCAAGGUUGCGUAG